GAAUGACAAAUGCAGUUGACAAGCGACGCGUUUUAUUUUUUGUGUUCACAAUUGUCUUAAAAAAGCGAUUUAAUUUUGGAUUGCGAUUAAAAAAAUGUCCAAGUCCGCGCUGAAACACCUAAAGAGCACCUGCCGCGUGUGCGGAAAGUACGCGAGCAACAAGCGAUCGCCGAAGAUAUUCGAGCGGACCAACACAAAGAUGAUCGACAACAUUGAGGCGCUCACAGGCCUUCGGUUAGAAAACUACGGCUGCCUGCCGGAUCAGAUCUGCGAGUGCUGCAGCAUUGAAUUGGCCGCCGCCAUUAAGCUGAGGGAGCGCUGCCUCGCCGCCCAAAGGGAGCUGCUCACGGGACUGACCGAGGAGCAGCUCCAGGGCAUCUCGCCUUUUUACCGUGCUGCCGUCAUGGGCGAGGAUAUUACCCAGACGGCGAAGAAGUAUCAGACACCCGAUGAUGAGGAGGUCUACGCCACCUAUCAGGAAAUCGUUCUGGAGGACCCCAAGGAGGAGAUCGACGAGAGCAAGGUAGAGUACGAGAACGCUUACUUCGAGGUGGCCGAGGGCAAUGCCGGCGAGGAUGAUGGGGCCUCAUUGAUUGAGGAGGCCGAGUACGAGUCAAUAUUGGAUGAUACUGAGGAGCAGCAGCACAUAGAACUGGACGAGGAUACCGAGCUGAUUGUGGGCGAUGUCAACGAUCAGUAUGUCUACGAUUCCGACGAUGAGGUGGCCGUGCUGGACAACGUGUUGGAUGACGAGUACGAGCACGAGAACAUUGUGGUGAAGAAGUGCAAUCUACCGCCGAAGCCCAAGGUUCGCUCGGAUGAUCCGCGCCGUCGUGGAACUGGGGGAGUGUACAUCUGCGAGCAGUGCGGCAACCACAUCAAAGGCCGCAUGGCCUUUGAACUCCACUGUCGUCGUCAUCGCGGCGACAAACAGUUUGGCUGCGAGCUAUGCCAGUCGCGCUUCUGUACCACUUCCGAGCUAAAACGCCACAUGCGCAAGCACACUGGGGAGCGUCCGUUUGCUUGCCAAUAUUGCGGACGAUGCUUCACCGACUACACCACGCGGGUGAAGCACGAGCGCACCCACACCAACGAGCGCCCCUACGUCUGCGGCACCUGCGGCAAGGCCUUUACCACCGGCUACAUCCUCAAGAACCACAUGCUGAUACAUUCCGGCGAGCGGGCCUACAGGUGCGAACUGUGCGACAAGUCAUUCAUGCUGCCCACCCAUCUGAGCACCCACUUCCGCUCUGGCGUCCACAAGCGGCACCUGGAGAAGGCCGAGAUGAAGCAGGUCCUCGAGCAGGAGCAGAAGCGGGAACUCAAGGAGGAGGAGGAGGACAGUCUGCACAUCUAAAACUGUCACAUUAUUAUAUAGCAAUUAUGAGCGAUUCAAGAACGACAAUGGCGCACAGCCAAGGAGCAUUUCUGCGAAUUAUGAAAACAUACAAAUUGUAAUAGAACUUAAUCUUGAAUAAUAAAUCCAAGCUUCAAAUCCCAA